AUUCCCAAAAAUAGUUCUUUUGGCUAAAAAUGGUACGGCUGGCUGGUUGUUCCGAGCUGAAGAAAGGGCCUUGGACUCCGGAUGAAGACCAGAAGCUCUUGGCUUAUAUCCAACAACAUGGCUUCGGGAAUUGGCGAUUUUUGCCUGAGAAAGCUGGGCUUCAAAGAUGUGGAAAGAGCUGCAGACUGAGGUGGAUCAACUACCUGAGACCUGGUCUCAAGAGGGGAAAGUUCAGUUCACAUGAAGAACAAACAAUCAUCCAACUCCAUGCUUUUCUCGGUAACAGGUGGUCAGCCAUUGCAGCUCACUUGCCCAACCGAACCGACAACGAGAUCAAAAACUACUGGAACACACGGAUUAAGAAAAGGCUUAACAAGAUGGGGAUCGAUCCCGCCACCCACAAGCCCAAAUCAGACCCUCUCAUCGGCUCCACCAACGGCACACUGAACCACAUGGCUCAGUGGGAGAGUGCUCGGCUCGAAGCUGAAGCCAGGUUGGUUAAGGAGUCAAAGAAAAUCCCUUCAUCUUCACACCAGAAAAGCAGCGACAAGAACAACCAAGGCUCGGGACCGUCGACUAAUAAACCAGCCUGCAUUGACGUCCUCAAAGCAUGGCAAAACGUAGUUGCCGGCAUGUUCUCCAUCUCCACCAACAGCAACAACUCGAACCCCGUUGUAUUAGAGUCGAACUCGAAUCAGAGCUCGACGAAUUACGAGCUCAAUGCAGCUGAAGCUGGUUCAAUUACAGAGUACCAAGUGCUGGAAUUCAACGAAAGAUUAGAUUACUCGAUGUGUUUGCAUGAUUCAACGUAUCAUUGGGCUGGUCCUGCAACAGAUCGAAACAACGUAGAGGGUUUCUCGGAUAUCUCGGUGCAUGAUUUUGAUUACCCGAUCGAGUUUGAGGAAUCAAUAUCCCUUUAACACAACGAUGAAGCAUUGAGGGAAUUAUGUAUAGCCUAGCGAGGGUUGAGUUGAA